AUGUAAUUAAAUUCUUUAACUGACUAGGAAGUAAUCAAUUCUUUAAAGCAAAAAGCACUUCCUGUUUAUGGCACUCAUUAAGAAAGACUCGAAAGAUUGAAAAAAGCAAAUGUUGAUAAAUUAGUUGACUUAAGCUUAAUAGAUGAAAAACCGCAGUAAAAAAAAGUCCAAAAAAUAUCUUCCACAGUCGAAAAGAUUCUCUAAAUGGAAUCUAAAAGAGAAGAGCGUCGUUAAAAAAUGGAAGAAGCAAAACGCGAUAAAGAAGGUAAAAUUUUAGAAAACUAAGUUCUUGGAAAAAAUGUAGAUGUAGAUUUUCAAUAACUAAUUAAAAGCAACAUUUUUAAAUAAAAUUAAAAUUAAUAAUAACAUAUACCUUCUUAUAAUUUCAAAUUAUGCGUAUGUGUUCGUAAAAGGCCCAUUUUUUAAAAAGAAGAGCAGAAUGGAGAAAUCGAUUCAGUUUCCGUCUUAAAUCCUUAAAUAAGGGUUUUGGCUCCUAAAUAUAAAGUAGACGGAAUUACAAAAUACGUUGAAAAAUACAAUUUUUAAUUCGAUAAUGUUUUUAAUGAAAAUGAAGAUACUUAGCUUAUUUAUUAAUAUUCUUUGAAACCUUUAUUGGACCAUAUUUUGGAUGAAAAUUGGGUCAUUACAUGCUUUGCAUAUGGGUAGACUGGUUCCGGGAAAACCUAUACAAUGAAAGGAACAUAAGAUUUGUUUGUGAAAGAUUUAUUUAUUUAGAGUUAAAGGAAAGGCUAUUAGUAAAAAUUUUUUUUAUCUUUUUUUGAAAUAUAUGGGGGAAAAUGUCUUGAUUUAUUAAAUAAUAAAUAAAAUUUAAUUAUAUUGGAAGAUAAAUAGGGUUAAGUUUAAAUAUAAAAUUUAACCGAAAAAUAAGUUUUCUCAGCCGAAGAAAUGCUCGAAUAAAUUAUUUUAGCAAACAAUGAAAGAACGACUUUUGCUACUUAAGCUAACGAUAGUUCUUCUAGAUCCCAUGCGGUUUGUAAAAUUAUUAUUAAAGAUUAAAAAGAUCUCAAAUAAGGAUAAUUAAUCCUUGUAGAUUUAGCUGGAUCAGAAAGAGCUUAAGAUUGUUAAAGUAAUGAUAAAAUAAGGAGAAUGGAAGGUUCUGAAAUUAAUAAAAGUUUACUUGCGUUAAAAGAAUGUAUUAGGACUAUGGACAAAGGAGGAGCUCAUGUACCUUUUAGAGGUUCAAAAUUAACUAUGGUUUUAAGAGAUUCGUUUUAAGGGAAAAAUAAUAAAUCAAAAAUUAUUAUGAUUGCGUGUAUUUCACCAUGUUCAUCUUCUACUGAUCAUACUAUUAAUACUUUAAGAUACGCAGAUAGGUUGAAAGAAACUAAAAGUAAUAAUACAGGAAGUAAUUAUAAUAUACAUUCUUCUUUAGAUAAGAAUUUAGAAAUAUAAAAUUAUCAAGGUUCUUUUACAUGCAAAU